AUGGCGAGUUCCAACUGGGGAUAUGACGACAAAAACGGUCCUGAACAAUGGGGCAAGCUGUACCCCAUUGCAAACGGAAAUAAGCAAUCUCCCAUUGAUAUUAAAACGAGUGAAACGAAACAUGACACCUCUCUUAAACCUAUCAGUAUCUCCUAUGAUCCAGCCACAGCCAAAGAAAUUAUCAACGUGGGGCAUUCUUUCCAUAUAAACUAUGAGGACAAUGAUAACCGAUCAGUGCUGAGAGGUGGUCCUCUUUCUGAAAGCUAUAGGCUCUAUCAGUUCCAUUUUCACUGGGGCAGCACAGAUGACUAUGGUUCUGAACAUACAGUGGAUGGAGUCAAAUAUUCUGGAGAGCUUCACCUAGUUCACUGGAAUUCUGCAAAGUACUCCAGCUUCGCUGAAGCUAUCUCGCAGGCUGAUGGUUUGGCAAUUAUCGGUGUUUUGAUGAAGGUUGAUCGGGCCAACCCAAGACUGCAGAAAGUACUUGAUGCCCUAAACGCAGUUAAAACCAAGAACAAACGAGCCCCAUUCACAAAUUUUGACCCAUCUACUCUCCUUCCUUCAUCCCUUGAUUAUUGGACCUACUCUGGCUCUCUGACUCAUCCUCCCCUUUAUGAGAGUGUAACCUGGAUCAUCUGCAAGGACAGCAUCAGUAUCAGCCCAGAGCAGCUGGCACAGUUCCGAAGCCUUCUAUCAACUGUUGAAGGUGACAAAGCUGUCCCCAUUCAGCACAACAACAGGCCACCCCAGCCUCUGAACGGCAGAGUAGUGAGAGCCUCAUUCUGA